UAUAUUUUGAUAAUAAUGAAUGUAUAUCUUUAUAAUACCUAUAUUCAAUAUUAUACUACUAUAAUAAUAUUAUGUACAUAUACCUAUGUUAAAUUAUAAGUAUGUGAUGUUUGUUAUGACUUAUGUGUAUCGACAUAAAAGUGUAGACUAUUAUUUUGUGUAAGAAAUGUCUCAAAAAUAUUUAGAUGGAUUCGUAUUACAAUGAAUUGUUAUAUUUUAAAUUGUUUGUUGUUACUAAUUUUAACAUUUUGUGGAAAUAUAACGAAAUUGAUUGCUUCUGAUGAAGCAAUAGUUUGUAAUGAAAAUCAUGAUGUCAAUAAACAGUUCUUAUUUAUAAGUACGUUGGAUGGAAAAUUCACAGCCUUAAAUAUUGCUAAUGGAGGUACAGAAGUCUGGGAAUUAUCAACAGAGCCAGGAGCUUUGUUGUCUUCAAGUAUUGAUCAAAUAGAGUUAUCUAAUCAUGGACAUUGGAUACGGAUGAUUCCAUCUUUAAGUGGUAGUUUAUAUAAAUUUGAUGGAGAAAACCUUGAUCGUGUACCAUUUACAGUUGAUUCUUUGUUAAAAUCAUCUUUUCGUUAUAAUGAUGAUGUUAUCAUAUCAGGGGGAAAGUUAAGUCAAACAUACGGCAUCGAUAUGAGUAGCGGCCAGGUAUUAUAUACAUGUGAUAUGGCCAAUUGCAACAAUGUCACAAGUGAUGCAUCUACUGAUAUUGAUAGGAAUGUUUUAGUUUUACAAAGGCAAACUCAAACUGUUCGAGCGGCAGAACCACGCAGUGGAGUAGAAAGAUGGAAUUUUAGCGUUGGCCAACAUGAUCUUAAAGUUUUAUCUGAUUCAAAUAAGUAUUGUCAUACUACUCAUCCUACGGUUAAACUUGAUUUUAAAAUAAAUAUUCCCAAAGGAGUUAUAACAGCUGUAGCAUAUGAUCACCCAGAGGAAGUAAUCUGGUCUCACCAAUUUAAAGCACCGAUUGUCAAUGUUUGGAAAUUUGAACAUGGAAAAAUUGAAACAAUAGACUUAUUUAAAUCUGAAUAUGAUAUUAACGCACUAGGUCCAUUAGUUUAUCUUGGAAUGCACAUGAAACAGCUUUAUAUUCAAGAGAGUGACAGAGCAUUUGGUAUUGGAGCAGCUUCUGUAUAUGCUCAAUCAGAUCUUAUUGAAGAAAAUUAUGAAAACAAAUACAGAAUCCCUUGGGAGCCAAUACCAGCUUCGAGUCAAUUGAUUUCAAUUGAUUCUUCAGCUGUUCAAACAAUUGAUGACAUUACUAAAACAACUGCAAUAUCUGUUUUGUACGCUUCAGAAUACAUUAAUGGUAAUGGGUUCUAUUUAUAUGGUCCUAAGCAAACCAAAAUGAUUACAAAUGGGGACAAAAAAAAAGUUUCAAAUGAAGAAAACAAAACAGAUGCAAAAAACAUUGAUAAAUAUGAAGGAGAACUUGAAAUGCCAGUUGAAAUAAUUAUCGUUUCAUUGUGGUACUGGUGGAAAGAAGUAUUGUUUAUAAGUAUUUUGACUGCCAUUUUGAUAAAUAUCUUGAUUCCAGCACGGUUAUUCAAAAUAAUUAAUUUUCUCCGUAAUAAACCAAAGAAUGAUGAAAUUGAAGAAAUUGUAAAAUGCAUUAAAAGCUCUAAUGAUUGCAAAGAUUCUGGUGUAGAUGUGACACCAAGUAUAGCUAUUGAAAAGCCGUCACAUCCGACAUUAGAGUUUAAAUCACGUUAUUUACAUGACUUUGAACCAAUCAAUUGUUUGGGAAAAGGCGGUUUUGGUAUUGUAUUUGAAGCUCGUAACAAAAUUGAUGAUUGUCAUUAUGCUAUUAAAAGAAUACCACUGCCUUCCCAAGAAGAAUCACGAAAUCGGGUUUUGCGUGAAGUCAAAGCAUUAGCAAAAUUAGAUCAUCAACAUAUUGUUAGGUACUUUAAUACUUGGUUAGAAGAACCUCCAAGCGGUUGGCAAGAAAAGCAUGAUAAUGAUUGGAUUAAAAAAUCCAAUAGUAAUAUAGAUAUAAGUGUGGAAAGUACAACUGAAGAAAAGUCGCAAAAGAAGUAUUUGAAUCCAGGCAAACAGCACGUACGUGCUAAAAGCCUGUCAACUAUGAUCACUUUUCCUGAGAGUAGUGGCGAACUAUCUGAAAUAUUAAAUAACCCUCGUGCAUUGCUCAAUUAUAAUGACAAUAGCGAUUCUUCAUUUAUAAUUUUUGAUGGUAUAACAACUAACAGUAACAGCAAAAAAGACUGUGUAUUAGAUAUUAGCUCUGGAAAUUUUACAAAAGGCAGUAAACGACGUCGAUAUAAAUCAGAAUGUGAUACAACUAGCAAUGUUCAUAGUGAACGCAGAACAGCUAGACAUUAUUUAUACAUACAAAUGCAGCUUUGUCAUCAGAAUAGUUUAAGAGAAUGGCUAAAAGAUAAUACUACAAACAGAAAUAUGAACUAUACUUUAGAUAUUUUUCGGCAAAUUGUGCAAGCUGUCGAGUAUGUUCAUUUACAAGGGUUGAUUCAUAGAGAUUUAAAACCUUCAAAUAUAUUUUUCUCGUUGGAUGGACAAAUAAAAAUUGGUGAUUUUGGUUUGGUUACUGAAAUGUUUGAAUCAGAUGAAGGAAUGGCGACGUGUGAGAAUAAAAAAAAAUUUUUUAAUGAACAACACACAGACCGAGUAGGAACUCAAUUAUAUAUGAGCCCAGAACAGGUUCAAGGUAUGCCAUAUAACUAUAAAGUGGACAUAUACUCACUGGGUGUAAUUUUCUUUGAAUUACUUAGUCCUUUUACUACCGAAAUGGAAAGAUAUCAAACACUAUUAAAGCUUAGAAAUAAUGUAUUUCCCCAAGAGUUUUCUAAAAAGUUUAAAAAUGAAUAUGAUCUUUUGUGUUUAAUGUUGUCUCCAAAACCUCAAUUACGACCAACAACAUUUGGUAUAAGAGCUAGACCACCUUUAAGAACUACUUCAGAUUUAUCUUUAGAUCCUACAUUGGACGAUAAUAGUUGCCAUUUUGAACUUCGAAUAAAGAAACGACACCUUUCUACCAAUUCAAAUACACCAAAAAACUAUUGAUACAUAAUUUUUUAUGUCGUUUGAUUUAAAUGUAUUGUUAAUACUUGUAAACUUAUAUAAUAAUUAAUGUAUUAAUUAAUAACAGUAUCUUUUUUAGUAUUAUAGUUUAAACAUUAAAAUAUAUGGUAAUUCUACCAUUAUUUAGAAUAAUAGAUAAAAAGUACAGGUGUAAGUAGAGUUAAUUUAAAAUCUACAUUUCUUAAUAAAUGUUUGUGAUAACUGA